CAUAACUCACAAGACAAGGAGCAAUUUCUGAACCCACACCAGCCCAGCUCAGCCCAAGCACCUCAAAACUGCCAUGCCAUGGCAGGGAGCCGGUACCUGCACUGCGGCCUUAGAGUUCACGAUGCGUACGCGUAGUAUAAUAGCUGUCGCUGGCGCCGCGUUGAUUAAUUCCCGAACCUCAUGUACCAACCGCUCUUCCCGCAAAGUUUUUAAUCUACACGGGAACCGCUAGAUCCUUUACUGCCGCUCACAUCCGCCUCCCCUGUCCACUUCUUCCAUUUCCGUGCUCCUCUCCUUCAUUUUCGGCUUCACACAUACGGGUAGUAGCCUAUCUGAUUCUUCCCUCAUCCAUCGCCGUCUUCUUGCUAAAAUGGCGUCGAAUCGCGUCGAUUCUUCGCGAGCGGGCAAACCGGAAAAGCCAGCGUCGAUUGUGACAAAAUCCCCUGGUCGAGCACGAGCGAAUCGCGUCGCAUCGAAGAAUCGGCCGCCGCUGCCAGCGCUGAUGCCUGACGCUCCUCCAGCCAAGAACGCGGUGAUCGCCCAGAAGCCGGAAGCCGCGGGUGGCGGGGGAGAGGCGAAGCGCGUCCGCAACGGAAAGCGCGAACGGCCGUCAUCUGCCAAUGGCGCACCGGUGACGAACGGCAAGAAGAACGGCAAGGAGCCGGCGACGACUCAGAAGGCGGCUCCUGGGAAAACUGGUGAACUCGCGGCGACGGGAACGAAAGGGAAGGCGCCUUCUAAUAAGGCGCAAGGCAAACGCCCUCUUGAAGGCUCUUCGGCGGAAGGAGCGACGACGAAGGCUCCAGCGACAGAGCACCGCUCAAAGACGACGAAAGAGCCGGCCAUUGCGAAGGCUCAGGGUGCGAAAGGCUGCGACGGCGCGAAGCAGGCGGCGAAACAGGCUGCGACGUCGCCAUCGUCGCCGUCGUCGUCGCCGGCCUGCCAGUCGGCUCAAGAGCGAUCCAAGAUCCUGAAAACAGCGCUGCUGAACAUGGCGAAGCGGCAGCCCAAGAGCCCCGAGGUGCACUUCUUCCUCGCGCUGCACUUCCUCCGCGACCACCUCCCCGCCAAGGCAUUGGCUGCGUUUGAAGCGGCGGCGGCAGCAGUGGCAGCACUGCCAGAGGAGAGAAUAUCGCAGGCUAGGAGGGACCUGCAUUCUGCUGCUCACCGCCACAUGGCGCAGUGUCAUUUGGAAAUGGCUAUGCUCGCUGCACCCGGUGCUCCUUCUGAUGCUGACCAACUCCAACACCAACACCAACACCACAUCCCGAUACAGCAGCAGCAGCUUGCGCAGCACUCAAAGGAUGCGGAUGCGUCUGCUCGGACCGUGGCAGCAGGGCAGAAGCAAAGCAGCUCCAAGGCGCAGGCCAAGGCGCAACCCACGGCGCAGCCAAAAGCACAAGCAAAAGCACAAGGAAAAGCGCCACCCAAGGGGCGAAGAGGGGUGCAAAGCACGCACAAACGGAAGCAGGAGGCGGAAUCUGCUCUCGAGGCGCCGAGGGCCGAACACAGUAUGCUCAGAGUGGCGGAGGGUGCCGACGCUAGUGGGAAAAGGAGGUUCGGGGGGGCGGGAGAGGGAGGUGGCUUGGAGGGUGUGGAUGGGGAGGAGGGGAGUGAGAGGGGGAGGAAGAGAGUGCGGAGUGCUCUGGACAUGUUUGCGGCAGUGGCUGACCUGGAGUCGAGGAAGGAGGAGAGGAAGGAGGAGGAGGGGAAGCGUGGUUUUGAGACGUCUCAAACCGAGGUGACUUUUGAGGCGUCGCAAUUUGAGACGGCUGCCGAUACUUCUAUCGCUCUGGACAUGUUUGCUGCGGUGGCUGACCUUGAGUUGAGGAAGGAAGAGAGGCGGAAGCAGGAGGGUCAGGGACAGGCCUCUGCCCCUGCGCCUAUACAGACACGGAGUGGCCUGCCAAAGGGAGAGGCGGAAAGGGAGGAGGAAGAGAUGGAGAGGGAGGAGGGAGGCGCUGGUGAGCAGAUGGGGGGGGAGUGGAUGUGGAGUGCGGUGAGGGAGGAAAGUGUGGAGGAGGACGGAAGAGAGGUGGAUGAGGAGGAGGAGGAAGAGGAGGAGGAAGAGAGGGAGGAAGAAGGUGUUGUGAUUCGCAAUGUGAUGCGUCAUUUGACGCUGGCUGCUGCAAAUGAUCGCUCUUCUGCCAUCGCUGCUGCCACCGCCACCGCCGCUGCUGCUGCUGCUGCUGCUGCUGCAGAUGGUCCGGGUGGUGUAGCUGCGGACGCGAAUGGAUCUGCAGCGCAUGCAACUGGUAUACCACCUGCUGCUGCUUCUGCAACUGCUGCUGCUGCUGCUGCAAAUCACACGGAAGGGCAGACAGUGACAGACUCCGUUGCAGGAGUGGGUGCUGCGCUCACCAGUGGUGAGGUUGAAGCCAGCGGUGCGGGUGCCAGUGGUGCUCCAAAUGACAGUGGUGCGCCCAGUGCCAUUGUGGGUGUGAAGACACCACUGGCGGAAGGAGGAGGGAUGGCUACUCUCAACCAACUGGCUGUCACGCUCUUGCUGUACGGCCGAACAGAGAAAGCCCUAGAGGUCCUGUCGGACCAGUUGGCACUCAUUGGCCUCAGCAGAAGCGACGGUGGUGGGAGCCCCAGCACCAGCGCCACAACCCCUUCUGUCCCUUUUGACACAGACUCCCUUGCCAAUCUUGCCGCGGCUCUGCUGCAUGUAGGGAGGUACGAGGAGGCGGCAGCGUGUCUGCAGGCAGUGCUGCGGAGGGAGCCGCAGCACCCUGCCGCUCUCUGCUCCUACUCCGCCCUGCUGCUCGCCACACAGUGUGGCCACGGCAGGAAGGUUGGUCGCAUGCAGCAGCAGGGACGGCAACAGCGGCAGCAGCGGCAGCACGAGGAGAAGGAGAAGGAUCGAGCUCUGGUUGUUGGUGCUGAUGUGACGGAGUCAGCAGCUAGUGAGGCAGCGGCAGCGGCAGCAGGGGUGUCAGCGCAGCAGUGUGCAGCAGCAGCAGUGCAGCUGCUGCCCAGUUGUGCCUUCCUCUGGUGCAACCUCGCCCAUGCUGCCACCCGCACUGGCAGCUGGAAGCAUGCCGCAACUUGCAUGUCCCAGGCUCUCAAGCUACAGCCCUCCAGCACGCCUCUUCGCUUUGCAGCAGCAGCCCACCGCAUUGCCUCUGCGGCCGCCGCCCCUCUGCCGCUGGCCCUGGCCACUCGCCUCAUCCGGUGCAGCGUUGAGGAGGUGGCGGACUUGCUGGGGGUGCCAGCACUGGCGUAUGGGGUCAACGAAGUCAACGGAGUCAAUGGGGUGAAUGGGGUGAAUCGGCUGCACCACCAGCGCGCACUGGCACAUGUCCCCAAGUGGAUGGCAUGGGAGGUCGUGGCACAUGCGCAUGCUGUUAUCGAGCGGAGGGCGCUAGAAGAAUUUGUGACUAAACGGGGGGAGUUUGUGACAGAAGGGGAGGAGCUGGUGACAGUAUCGGGGUGUGCUGUAAAGAGUGAGAAUAUGGAGGAGGCUGGGGUAGUGGAAGAGGAGGCAAAGGGUGAGGAGCCAAAGGGUGAGGAGGGAUGCAAAGAGGAGGAGGGGGGGGGUGGGAGUGGGGAGGUGGUGGAUGAGGAGUUGGCAUGUGUUGUGGUGCAGGCAGAAGAGCUCAAGCUGGCAGCGUGGCAAAAGCAGGCGCUGACUGCAGCAGCAGGAGCAGGAGCAGGGAGCGGGGCCCAUCAGCUGGCUGUGCAUGCGCUGCACUCUGCGAUUGAGUCGCGCUCUUUUGACGUGGGGGUGCUGCUGAGAUGAGAAAUGAUGCUCAAAAGGGAGGUGACGCUGUCAUGGCACUUGAGCCUUCGUCCACGGUGCAAUUUGCUACAGCUCGCUCGCAUUUCCUCAGAGCUCUGGCAACUAACCAAUGGUCCCCUGCCACGUGGACCUCUCUUGGCCUCGGCUUGCAGCUUUCGGGCCGCCUAGACGAAUCCGAAGCAGCAUAUACCCGUGCGCUACACUGCUCACCAUUGCACAGUGGCCCUCCCCCUCCUCCUCCCCCUCCGUCUGCUCCUCCUCCUUCUCUGACUCCUCCUCCCCAUUCUUCCCCCCAUGUGACCUGGGCCAACCUCUCUCUCCUGCUGCGCGCCCAGGGCCGCCUCUCAGACGCCCUCUCUGCUGCACACAGCGCCCUCCUCCUCGCCCCGGCGCACGCCCCUUCCCUCUGCAGCCUCGGCCUGCUCUCUGCUGCUGCUGGCCGCUGGACUGAUGCCGCGGACGCCUUUCAGAGGGCUAGCCAGACUCUUGGAGGGUUUAAG